GAAAGAGUGAUUUCUUUAUCCUUUCUCUGUCGCUCUCUUCAUUUCUCACAUCUUCAUGGAUUCGCUUUCUAUACUUCUCCCUUCUUUUCCACUCUCCAAAAAGCACUCCAAAACCCAGAAAAAUCCGUCUGAAUUCAAACCCUUCAAUCUUCUCUCAAACCCCAAACCACCUGAUACUUCAUUCCAACGUUCAUAUCCCACUAAGAACAUUCCUAUUUCGCUCCAAACCCAUUCUCAGAGUUCUCUUCAAAAUUUAGCCAACUGCUUCUCUUUCGCUUUAAUUGACCUCUUAGCUACUUUUCCGUGCCUUGCCUCUGAAUCUGUGGCCGAGCCAGCAUUGGGAAAAAUCAGCCUGGAAUCGAUUGUAGUUUCGAUUGAUAACUUUUUCAACAGAUACCCUUUUUUCGUUGCUGGGUGUACUUUCAUUUGGCUCGUUGUUAUACCUCUGACUCAAGAGUAUUUCAGAAAAUACAAGUUCAUAUCUGCCAUAGAUGCAUACCGGAAGCUCCGAGAUGACCCUAAUUCUCAGCUCUUGGACAUAAGAGAUGGAAAGAAUUUGAAGUUCCUGAGAUCUCCCAAUUUGAAAAUUUUGAAUAAGGAAGUAGUGCAGGUUGAGUUUUCAGAAGGAGACGAAGAGGGGUUUAUCAAGAAGGUAUUGGAAAGCUUCAACGAUGCGCCAAAUACAGUCCUUUGUAUUCUGGAGAAUUUUGAUGGUAAAUCCAUGCGAGUAGCUGAGUUGCUAUUUAAGAAUGGUUUCAAGGAGGCCUAUGCAAUUAGAGGUGGAGUUAGAGGCGAGCAAGGGUGGAUGGAAAUACAGGAUAACCUUUUACCUCCUUCUGUGCAUAUUUACCCAAGGAAAAAGAAAAAUGCUUCAGAACAACUUGGUGCCAAUGGGGCCAUUCAGCAAAAUAAAGAUAACGGCAACACUAUAUUGCCAGAUGUCCCCAAAUCUGUAGAUCAAAAGUUGGACAGUGGACGGGUGAGAAAGUCAGCAGAAUCCUUUCCAGAUGUUAAAAUUGAUUCUAAAGCUUCCUCCUCUCCCUACCCGAAUUACCCAGAUAUGAAGCCACCAUCCUCCCCAACGCCAUCAAAGCCGCAAUAGCAACAUUGUUGGGUCCCCCAGAAAUGAAGCCAUCAGCUACCUGAUUCUUUCAUCCAUCAGAGCUUCAACAGUGAUCUGGUUAACUAUGACAUUCUCAACUGGCAUCUUUAGGCAGAAAUGAGUUUUAUAAGCAGAAAUCGAGUAGUUGAAUUUCUUAUCUCCACAAUUGUAUUUUCUUUGUAUGCUUGUUGAAUUUCAGAGAUAGUGAAAACUAUGUUCUCAGUUAUGAUUGAGCUUAGGGAAUUAGUUGUCUUUUUUUUGUUCCCCGACAGCAAUCAAAAUUCUUUGUAUCUUAAUGAAUGUACUGCAUGAGAUCCUUUGUCCUCACACUGUACCCACAGAAUCAAUCGGACUCUCAUUUGUGAUUGUUAUUCUAUGAAGCUGUUUAAUAA